AUGGAAGAAAAGCAACGAUGGGAUUGUGGAAGCACGUUAUACGACUCGUACGAGUUAAACUCAUUCAAACGCCAAAUCGACUCAGCUAUAGCCAAUUCACCAAGAACACAUUCCAUGCCUCAUUUAUCUCAACCUACCAAACUUCAACUUCAACUUCAACUUCAACUUCAUCAGCCACCACCUUCUUCUUCUUCUUCUUCUCAAACCAUCAACAACAACAACAACAACAACAACAAGUCGUCUUUCAAGAUAUCUCGAACCUUCCAGAAACUUCUCCGCUUUGUUUUCAAGUCGGGAGGCAAUAAAUCCAACAACAGGAUCCGUAGCAGUAGUUUCCGAUCAUAUCCGAAAGAUGAAGAACAGCUUGUUUAUGAUAAGCUCUAUGAAUCUGAGCCUGUUCUUCUUUCCACCAUUCCUGAACUUCCUGACUUUGAAACCGCUGGUCUUUCGCCGGAUAUCAGUAACUUUGUCAGAAAGUCAGCUUCCGAGCGGUUUACGGCCACAGCCACCGUUGGUGUUUCGUGUAGUGCUUAA